UCUAAACACACGACCAGUUAAGCAGUAUAUGCUACAUCGGUUACAUCUGUGGAAGAACAUCGGAUUGCAUUUGAAAACACAUAUAUCACCAGAGAAUCAUAUCGUGACAAACGGUCACUAGAAUGCUUGGGCCCAAAUACAACCGACUCUCUUUUGGCCCGUUACAGCCGUAUUCGAGCGCUUAUGUACACAGACUGGUACCUGUGGUAGCCACAGGCAAUAAUACCAGAAACCAAUUACGUAAACCUAUAUCAAGUAAUAUAGUUCGACCCCGUUCGGUAGUAUGUAGUAUGCACACACAACAAAGUACUAGAGCAUUUUCUGCAGUUCCGUCGACUACAAAGGGACGCCUCCCAUGCUAUCAUAGUAUUUGUAGUGUUCAGACAGAUGGUAGUGUACUUUCAAGGCAUCCUAGACGUGUACAUAAUGAGACGAGUCGACAGAUGUCGGGCAUUGCAGGCUAUGGAGAAGAUGAACUUGUCUUUGGUCUGGCAUCCGUUACGAAUGCACUAACCAGCAAAAGGCGGCGGAUCUAUCACGCGUACAUUGUCGAUAACUGGUGGGCUAAACCAGAUUCAAAAGAAAUGAUCGGCAAAGUGAUCGAAUUCGUUGAAGCGGAUGGGGUUGCCGUGAGUUACGUUAGUAAGGGCAAGCUGCACAGUCUGUCGGAGAAUAAGCCGCACCAGGGCGUUGUGUUGGUCACCUCUACGCUUGAAUUCGAACCAAUACAAGAACUUGAGGCCUGGACAGGGAGUGGAAAAAGACUCGUUUAUCUAGUAUAG